AUGAAUGCGAAGAAAGAGGUGGGAACAUCGACAAAUCUUGAGUCGGUGCUCUCAAUUACACAAGACGACUUAGAAGAUAAAAAUAAACAUGUCUUAGCUACGAUUGCGUCUCCUGGUGGAAAGGAAAUUGAAAUCACAAAUGAUGUGGAUGUAGCAAUGAAGUUUGCUAUUGGGCACAAGGGAGAGAUGCAGAAAUUGGAUCCAGCCACCGACAAAAGGAUUUUGCGCAAGAUUGACAUGUACUUGCUUCCUGUAAUGUGUUUAUUGUGCUGCUUUCAGUUUAUGGAUAAGUUGAGUACCAGUUACAGUUCAAUUUUGGGCUUGAGAGAGGAAUUGCAUAUGAAGGGAGAUAUGUACAGCUGGACCUCGACCAGUUUCUAUCUUGGGUAUUUGGCUUUCGAGUUUCCUGCUUCACUAAUUCUUCAAAGGUUCCCAGUUGCCAAGGCUGUAAGUGUAUUCAUCAUCCUUUGGGGAAUGAUUCUUGCAUUAUGUUCAGUUCCAAAAUAUGCUGGCUUUAUAGCCUUAAGGACAAUAUUGGGUAUGAUGGAGCUGUCGGUCAGCCCCGCGUUCGCUAUAAUUACAUCUCAGUGGUAUAAAAAAGACGAGCAGUUUUUGAGGACGGCUUGGUGGUUUGGCUCCAAUGGGUUCGGUGUUGAUCUUGGCAGCUUGAUUGCGUAUGGCUUGUACGAGAAACAAGAUUCGUAUACGUUACCAGCUUGGAAGUUGGUGUUUGUUGUUACCGGUGUUUUGACGGUAUUUUUGGGGGUUGUCAUUAUGUUUCACAUUCCUGACACACCGACGGGGGCAUGGUUCCUUACGGAGGAGGAAAGGGUUUUGGUGGUUGAGAGGAUUAGAUCCAACCAACAGGGAUUUGGUAAUCCUACAUUUAAGAAGGAACAAUUUAUUGAAGCUUUAACUGAUCACCGUACGUGGCUAUUCUUCCUCUUCUCCAUAGCACACAACAUUCCCAAUGGAGGAGUUACAUCAUUCGGGUCAAUUUUGCUCAAUGAACAGUUUGGUUACGACACUGCGGAUUCCCUUUUGUAUGGAUUUGCCUUCAGGAGCAAUAGAGAUUGUUGGAUUGUGUUAUUUGCAUGGGCGCUGAAAUUUCUAAAAUCACGUAUGAUAAUGGCAAUUUUCAUGGCAAUGAUUACUGUCAUUAUGGAAUGUUUAUUGGCCUUUGCACCUACGAAUGAGGGAAAGCUUGCAGGCUAUUACUUGUGGAACCUUAGUCCCCUUUGUUUUAUUUGUAUUCAAUCUCAAGUUUCGUCCUCUAUUGCUGGUCACACAAAGAAAAUCACAGUGAAUGCUAUAUUCUUGAUAGGCUAUUGUGUUGGAAAUUUGGUUGGUCCACAAACCUUCAUAGACAAUCAAGCUCCUACCUAUUCUGGGGCAAAAGUGGGUAUGGUUGUUUGCGGUAGCGUUGAGCUAGGGUGCUUGAUUACAGUCUAUCUUUCUUAUUAUUUGGACAAUAGGAGACGCGAUGCUUUACCACCGGUUGAUAUGAGUCAUAUUGAGAACUAUGAGUUUGCCGACUUAUCUGAUAAACAAAAUCCAAACUUUAGGUAUGCACUUUGA